AUGGCGGUCGGAAUAGAGGUGGAGAUCACAAAGGCGAGGACAGACAAGAGAGAGUACCGGAGGGUCGUCCUCUCCAACUCUCUCGAGGUUCUUCUGAUCAGCGAUGCGGACACUGAUAAGGUUCCAUCCGUUUUCCACUUCCCCGUUUUCCGUUUACUUUUCGCGCGUCGCAUCCAUCUAAGGCAUAAUUUUUAGCCACUUGCUUAUCUGCUGCCCGUCGUUGCUUCAGUCAGUUCUCCAUUGGAUUCCAUUUUACGACAUGUAUGAAAUUCGAAGGGUUGAUUUUUCUCUUAUCUCAUUCACGUUUACAUAUUGUGGUAGGCUGCUGCUUCUAUGAAUGUUGAUGUUGGCUCGUUUUGCGAUCCUGAUGGACUCGAGGGGCUGGCUCAUUUCCUUGGUAGGUGGUUCUCCACGAUUCUGGAGUGAAAAUUCAAAAAAAAACUGUAAGGAGAUCGAAAUGCAUGCACUUUUUAUUACCGUUCUGUAUGAAUCUGUAUUGCCAAGGUAGAUUUUCGUUUCAGUCAGUACUGGUGUGAUAUAUUUUGAAUAGCUAGUUGUCUAGUGAUCGGAAAUAUCCUGAUACAGAACCCGGAUAGUGCUUUCAAAGUGUGGUAUUCUGAGAGGGAUUUGGUAAUGAAAAAUAGUCCAGAGCCUAUCUCUUGAUAUGUCUCAAUAAAUAUGUACGUGCACAGAUAAUCUAUAUCUGCAAGUAUCAACCUGUUCAUCUUUCUUUGUUUUUUGAUUUUUUUCGAAAGGUGUUAGUACUGUGUAAUCAUUGAAGGGUAAAAUUAGAGGAUUUACAUCCACUGGUUAUCAAGAGACUGCGUGUACAUGAGCUAUAUGAUACCUGAAGAUGGUAUAGAUCAUAUUAUAAAUCCAACUUAGCUAGAAUAACAAAUAUAAUGAUUUCCUCAUUACCAGAAAAUCUCAGAUGCUCUUUGAUCAUGUCACACACACCCACAUAAACACUGUGACAGUGAGGGGCUUUCUUUUUGAAAGUAUGCACGUUCCUCUAGUUUGCGCUAAAGAGAAGCCUCCAGUUUUAUGAUAACCUUCCUAUGGCCAGUACUAAUCCCAAUUUAACCAUGAUUCGUCCAUAGGACUUGUCCUCUGUUGUUGUCUACCUAAUGUGUGGUCUACUUUUGGCAAAUAUCCCAAAAGAAGUUACAUGUCAUGUACGAAUUCUCCAAAAAUUCGGCUCUGUUGGGAAAGUGAAUUUUGAAAUAUGAUUGGCAACGUGGUGUAUUGUGACUUUGCCUGCUAUAAUGGAAUGAGAUGACAAAAAAUAUUUCUUUCUAUCUUGAGUGCCACAUAUAUGCCUUUAGCCAAGCAGGGGACCAUUAUCCUAGUAAGCUUAGAAGAUUUUUAGUCAUUGAAUCCUCUCGCUGAGGUUUUUAUUACUCAGAAGGACAUCCACUGUUCUUCUCUAUUCCCCAUGAUAAAAAAAUUGUGCAACAGUGAUUAUAGGACAUGUUAUCCAGAACUUAUGUUAUCCAGAAUUGAGUGCUAAAUGCUGAGGUCCCACAUCAUGCGCCCUUCCUGUUAUAGUUUUUGCUCCAUAAUUCAUGUUAAUCAUUAUGCCAACCACCACAACGUCUGUAGCUUGAGGGAUGUCCUUCCUCAGCCUUUGAGGUAUUGCUGAUAUAAUUAGGCUUUUUUUGAUCCAUACUCUUUUUUUGUCACAGAGCUUCGUUGCAAUCACUUUGAACCAAAGUCCCUCCUCCUCCGUUCCCAAUUUAUAUAAUUUUUUUGUAUACUUUGUUGGUGUGAGUAAACUGGAAUUUUUUUUGUCACCUUGAUCUCAAUAUUUGCGAAUCUUCCUUUUCCUUCUGCUGAUAAAUUUAUAUAAUUUCUCAAUACUCGUUCCAGUCUUCAAUCACUUGCUUCUCUAGAGAUCUGGAGUUGCCUGACGUUUUUGUCUAUGUUUAUCAGUUCUUAUGCCUUCAGAUCCAUAUGAUUCCUGAUAAAAUGACUAUGCCGCUAUUGUUACUCCUAUCUCUUAGUCCUUUUUCUUCUUUUGGGGUUGAAAUUCCAUUCCCCUAACUUUUGAACUGGAGUUCAUUCAGUUGAAGUUAUUUCAUUUCCUAACUGACAGAAUCUGUCUUCUGUCGGUUAGGAAGGGCGUAUCUCUAACGUUUCCCUCCAAAAAGAUCUGUAUAGACGUUUAAAAGCAUACUAUGGAGUUCAUCUCUAUUCUCCACUUUCUAUCCCCUUUGUGUAAUCGACUUUUUAUUUUAUUUGAAUGGGCCACCGUUGAGAAAUAAGAUGAAUUUCCAUUUCAUUUGUCUAUGCUUCUUAUGGUCGUGUAAGUAGGCAACUCUUUCCGCCACUAAAUGAUGGAAGCUAGUAGAAUUUGCAUAGAAUGUACCAUUUAAACCACCUGAUGAUGUCAAUGGAUCCUUCUGAUCCUUAUACCGGGUCAGUCACUUCUUUCGAUGAGUAGCUGCUCUUUUCUGUCAAAAUAAUCUCUGAUGAGAGCACUACAUACGUCAAAUGUCAGAACAUCAAAAUGAUUUUAAAAGGAAGCCCAUUAAUUAGCUCUUGCCUUGCCCUACUACUAUAGUAGUCCAGAGCCCUUCUGACAGUUGUUUUGAGAACAUUACCUUGAUGCCUCCAAUCACACUGUUGGUGAGAUAUCACUUUAUCAGAAGGAUCUUGUGAACAAUGGUGUUAAACAACAAGUUUAUUUAUCAAAUGCUAGUUGGUGGAUUCUUCUUAUGUGGUUCCUCUAAAACUUUGUGGUUCUGUUUCCACUGAAGGAAAAUUACCUACCAUGUUUCCACUGAAUUGGUUAUACAUGGAGGUGCUUUGUCUGGUUCCUUUGAAUUUAGAACUGACAAUGCUGUAGUCAUAUCUCAAUGCAGUUAUGUUUGCUGUCCUACAGUGGAAAACAAUUUUGUACUAAUCGCUAACCUUUCAGUGGUAGAUUUUCAGAACUCUAGCCAUUUUAUUCCCUUCAUUGUACACUCUGUGAAAAGAUAUUGCUAGAUGAUAUUUAGGAUCGCAGUUGGGAUAACACCCAAAAUAUAUUUGGAGUUUAAUAGAUUCAUGUGCCCUGAUUUCCAUCAUCAAAUUGCUGGCUUUGAGUUUAUUCAUUUUAACAGUCACAAUGAACUUUCUCACGUUUUCAUGCUGCCCUUGUGUCAGAUUUCUCAUUCUGUCAUGGUACCUCUCAAUAGAUGUUUGUAAUGAAAAAUGAAACAAACCUGAGAAAAGGCGUGGAAUUCAAAUUAAUUAUAUUAUUUAUGCUGAGACUAAUGCUCAAAAUAUUUUAAACCUAGUGUGUUCCAGAUAAUAUCAUCUUAAACCUUUACUCAUGAAAAUUUCGAUGUUACUCUAUAGAAUAAACUUCAAGGUUGAUUUUGAACAUCACAAACUUAUGUGCAUUGCAGAACAUAUGCUAUUUUAUGCUAGUGAGAAGUAUCCGUCAGAGGGGAGUUACAUGAAGUUCAUAGCAGAGGUACUUCUGGUAUCCCUUUUUUUCAGAUGCUUGUUUGGUAGCUUGUUUCGAGAAGCUUUUAGCUGUGCAUGACAUGGGCACCUCUGUUCUAAAACGUUUGUGUUUAGGUCAAGUGAAUAAAGUUUUGGGCACUCCAGAAUACUUCAUUUGAUAAAUAUGCUACUCCUCAGUGCUAGUUUUCUUAAUCCUGAGGCUUGCCUACCUAUUUGUUUUUGUGCACCUAUAAUGCAUGUUCUGAUUCAUGUUGCUUAUCCAUUUCUUGGUCCGUCACGAAUAUUACACAGUUCGAAUUUACAGUUUCAGUAGGUUCUAGGCCAUUCUUUUCAACUCACCCAGACUACUCCACCACUGACGGUUCAUAACCACUCUUUUCAACUCACUUAGUGAAACCAUUAUGAAGAAACAUCUGAAGGUUGAGCUUUCUCCUCCGUUCAAUAUUCUGUUCCAUUUUCCUUCAUUUUGGAUGAUUUAGGCAUGCUAUCAGAUUAUUUAUGCUCUACGUGAACAGGAAUGCCCACAAGUUUCAGCAUUUCACAAUUGUUUUUGAGGUUUAUCCCCACACCAUUUUUCAAAAUAAUGCCAUGUUUUCUUUUUUUGAGAAAAUGGGUAGUUCAUGUGAAAUUAUUUAUCUUUGGUAUGUAUGAUCCUAAAAAAUAUUUUACUUCUUCAGAUUGGUAUAUAAUGUCUCCAACUAGUAAUUUGCACAAUUGAUUUUCCGAUUGUUUGAUUUUUGAUGAUUAGGCUGGAGUUUGCCUCAUUAUUGUGGUAUACAUCUGGAUUUGAUCAUAUCUUCGUGCAUUUAGAGCUGAAUGAUGCCUUCUUAUUUAGGACGCAACCUCUGUUUGGAUGGUAUAUCUCAAUUGAUUCGGGUGGUGCCUCCGGGUUUGAUACAAACUCCAAUUCGUAUUAGAUGGCUGAGUCAGUACUCAGUUGUCACUUUGCUCAUGAUCUGAUAUGUCUUGGCAUCUGAAGUCUGAAACCCGACAGUGUCAUAUUAAUUGGACUGAACUUGUAAACCAUAUUUCUUUGUGUGCUCAUUGUGUAAUGUCCCUAUCACUGAAAUUGAUUCAGGGAGCUCUGCUAUUGACCCGUCCUUUUUCCUUUUUUUUCCCCAUAUCAGUGAUGCUGUGAACAAUGCAUUGAAUUUUCUUCAGUAAUGUUUUAUUUCCAAUGAUUUUUUUAACCACUUCCAAAAAUCAACAACCUAAGUGGAAUUGGACCAGUUUGGAUCCAACUGAAUCAUAGUUUGAUUAAACAAAAUUGGCUAUGAGCUGCCCAAAUGUUGUCCCGUUCUGUGGUUCAAGGCCGAUUACGUGAUAUUUAUGUAGAGGCCAAUGAUUGAUUGUUUUUAUAUUUCCCUAGAUUCUCAAACAUUGUAAUGUUUUCUUCCUUUAUAAUAUUGAUUCUACUUAACAGUUCAAACCUCAUAUGCUAACCUCAUAUGCUUCCACUCGCUCUGCACAUGAUGUGAGCUAGUUAAGUUAGUUCUGUUUCCUAGGCAGAAGAAGCACAUUCUACUUGUGGUCCUGUGACAUAUGGCAUCCCAGUGGCUGAUAGCAGCACUCCAUUUUUUCCUGGCAGCCAACGCUUUUCUUUUUCUACUGAGCCUUUUGUCAUCUCCUAUGCAUAAAAAACUCAACCUGAUAUGUUUGUGGUAUAUAAUUUAUAAGAAAGUGAGAUUUUGAUUCUAUUUAAACUAUCAACUUUGUAACUUACUCAAAAGAAUAGGGAGAGAACACUCUCCUAAUCGAGGAACCCUAGUAUUUAUACUAGGGUCUUAAUGUACAGAAGGUGCUACUUCGGCUCAAACUACUAAAUGGGCCAACUUGACUUAACUAGACUAAAGACAUAACUUUAAUAGCCUUCCUCAAGCUGGAGCAUAUAUAUCAUAAGCUCCCAACUUGUUAUAGAGAAAUUUCACCAUAUGACCAUUUAGUGACUUGGUAAACAUAUCAGCAAGUUGAUCCUUAGAGUUAACAUUCAUGGUAGUGAUGAUCUGUUCUUGGAUCUUCUAUCUAAUAAAGUGACAGUCAACUUCAAUAUGUUUUGUUCUCUCAUAAAAUACAAGAUUGGAGGCAAUAUAAAUCUCUACUUAAUUAUCACAAUUAAGCUUCAUAGGACUUGAAUGAAGAAAGUACAAUUCUUUCAAGAAAAUGUCUGACCCAUACAAGUUCACAUGUAGUGUGUGCUGUUGUCAUGUAUUUUGAUUCUACAUUUGAUCAUGAGACCACAUAUUAUUUCUUACUUUUCCAAGAAACAAGAUUGCCACCAAGAAAGAUACAAUAGUUAUUUAUAGAUUGUCUAUCUAGAUUAUAGCUUGCCGAGUCUACAUCUGAAAACCCUCGAACUGUGAGAUGACCAUACUUCUUGUAUAGUAAUCAUUUGCCUAGAUUUCUCUUAAGACGUCUCAAAAUCUAGAUAAUUGCAUCUACAUGUUUUGUAUGUAGUUGUUCCAUGAAUUGACUCACCACACUAGUAGCAAAAGAGAUAUAUGACCGAGUGAUAGUCAAAGAAUUAAAUUUGCCAACUAGAUGCGGAUAUCUUCUUGGAUCCUCCAACAUGUCACCUUCAUCAAAACGAUAAUUUCAAAUUAGGAUCUAUAGGAGUAGUACUUGGUCUCAUACCUAACAUGUCUAUUUCUAAUAGAAGAUCAAGGACAUACAUUUGCUGAUUGAUUGCAAUUCCUUCCUUAGAUCAAGCAUCCCAAUCCCCAUAAAAUAUUUAAAAUUGUUAAGAUUUUUUAGUUUCAAAUUAUCCUCUUAAGAACUGCUUGAGUUUAGAAAUGCUCUUAUGAUCAUCUCCAGUGAUAAUCUUAUCGUCAACAUAAAUAGUCAACAUAAUUCAGCUAGUAGAUUGUCUAUAAAAAACAAAAUGAUCUAUCUCACAUCUGUGAAGAUCAAACUUCAAUACAAUACUACUAAAUUAGCUAAACCAAGCUUGUGGCGAUUGCUUUAGUCUAUAAAGAGAUUUCCUCAAGUCACAGAUUAAACUAGAUUUUCUUUGUGCAACAAAAUCAAGUGGUUGCUCCAUAUAAAUCUCCUCAUGUAAAUCACCAUGUAGAAACAUAUUUUUGAUAUCUAGCUGGUAUUUUUGAGAACCGACUAAUACUAAGAAGAUCCAUACCAAAGUAAUUUUGGCAAUUAGAAAGAAUGUUUCAGAUAAAUCUUUGUCAUAUUCCUAAGUGAAGUCCCUAACUACUAAAUGGGUCUUCAAUCUAUUCACAGAACCAUCUAGACCAACUUUGACAUUGAAGAACCCACUUACAUCCAACCACAUACUUCCCAAGUGGCCGUGGAACUAAACACCAUGCACUAUUCUGCUUAAGAGUAGCCAUCUCUUCCUCUAUUGCUGCACACCACCUAGAAUGACCAAGAGCCUUUGAAAUAUUCUUAGGGACAGGUAAAUCUGAUAAUGUUGAGAUAAAUGAAGAAUAGGUUGGAGACAAAUAAAUAAAAUUUGAUAUGUUGACGAAGUGAUAGAUUGUAACAUUUAUACCUUUUUUUAACACAAGAAUAUCCUAAGAGGAUGCACUUCAUAGAUUGGGAUGAAGUUUAUCUUAACCAACUCUGAAUUUGUGUACAAAAUAGACACAUCUAAAUAUUUUGGGUGGAAUAUUAUAUAAUAGCUCUCUUGGAUAAAGGACAGAAUAAGGAAAUUUGUUGCUUAACACAAAGGAUGGCAUUUGGUUGAUCAAGUAGCUGUGAGUACAACAUCUCCCCAUAAUUCUACAAGAACAUGCAUAUGUAGUAGAAGUGUGCAGGCAGUUUCACUGAUAUGUCUAUGUUUUUUUUCAGCAACCCCAUUUUUUUGAGUAAGGAGACAUGAUGAUUCAUGAAGUAUUCCAUGAUGGUUUAGGUAUUGAAUUAAUGGAAAGCUGAAAUAUUAUUUUGCAUUGUUACAACGUAGCACACAUGAUUUUCUCAAAUUGGUUUUUAAUUUUCAGCACAAAAUGAGCAAAAAUAGAGAACAACUUAGAUAUGUCCUUCAUGAGAUACAACCAUGUAACAUGUGAUUGAUCAUCAAUAAAGGUAAUAAAAUACUUGAAACCAAGUUUAGAUGUGACAUGUAAAUGAACUAAAUCGAACACUGAUUUUGCUCGAUUACAGGUUUGUGACCCAAAACUAGAAUGCUAGUGUUUUCCUAGAUGGCAUGACUCACACUCUAAUGUUUUCAAACUAGCAAGAUUAGGAGCUAAUAACUUGAGCUUACUAAGAGACACAUGACCCAACCGACUAUGAAUUUGAAGUGGUGAUGCAGCAACACAAGCGAUUGGAGAAGCUUUACCCAAAUAAUAUAUUCCUCUGUGCUCAUAUCUUUCUUCAAUUGUCUUCCAUGUCUUCAGGUCUAGAAUAAAACAUGAGUCAAGAAGAAAAGUUAUGAUAGUUUGAAGAGCACCUGUGAGUUUACUAAUAGAAACAAGGUUGAAAGAAAACUUUGGCACAUAAAGAACUGAUUUGAGGGAUAAUUCAGGUGAAGGGGACAGUCCCUAUACGUAUGACAUGAUUAGUAGAUCCAUCAGCUAAGGAAAUUCGGGAAGACCAGUGUGACUAGAAUAGGAUGUGAACCUACCAAAUACAAGAUGACGAUUCACUUGUGGAGGAAUGAGAUGCCUAAGAGAGACAUGCAAUGAAUCUAGUCUGAACAAGAGAUGCAAUGGCUGAUGAUGCCUGUUGAACAAUAUGAAAUGGAAGAAUCUGAGAAUACUCUUCAUUUGACAAGACAAUCUGAUGAGUAGUUUUGGUCUCCCCCUCCUCACUUGAGGUAGCUAAAUUAGCUACUCAAGGAGGAUAUCUCUGAAGGUUAGAGCAUGUAUCUUUAGUAUGAUUCUUUCGACCACAAUGAGUACAUUCUAAUCGUUGAUGACUUCCAGCAUUUCUAUCUCCACCCCUCCCUCAGCUAGCAUGAACACUACGGCGACGAACAUGAGAGGAGUGUAUCCACGACAUUCUGAGGAGAUACUAAGGUAGUAGUCUCAACAGGUGCUGAAGUCCGAAGGCCGUCUUGGUCUAAAAAGGCUCGAGAGAUAUGCUAGUACGUCUCAACAGGAGAUGGUAAUUUAACUCCAGAUAAAAUCUGACUAAGAAUUCCAUCAUAUUCUAAAGGAAGACCACCAAGGAAUUGAAGAACAGUCAUCUAGUCACGCUGCUUCUACACUACCCGAACAUCACUGGAGAUAGGUAGUAAUACAUGAAGAUCGUCAUUGAGUCGAAUCACUUCACCAAAAUAUUGGCUCAAGCUCUUAUCUCCCUUCUUUCAUCCGAUAGUAUUCAACAUACAUCAUACAUUCUUGAGAUAUUAUUAGAAUACAUAAGUGCAAUAAAGUCCCAAACAGUCUUAUAUAAAUGAUAAGAUGAGUUACCAAAUCAACAACAUUUGGCUCCAUAGAGUUCCAUAAUACAUUGAGAAGAUUUGAAUCUUAUUGCUCCCAUUGCUCUAAGGGGUUUUAUCUUGCCUUGACCUUUGAAGUACAUAAAAACAGAUCUACCCCAUUGAAUAUAGUUCUUGCCAUUCAAUCUGUGCGUGGUUAUAAGAUGAUUUUGGAUGGUUACUGCUGGAUGUGAUGCUGUGGAGUGUGUGCUAAGGGAUUUUGACUCUUCAGGUGUUUAUUUCCUUGAGAGGGUGUGUUGACCGUUGACCAUUGACUAUGGGAAAUGCUGAUUGUUGACCACUACCAUUGUCUUUGACUGAUAAAAAUUGACCGUUGUCUGUGGAGUGUGGAGUGUGGACUGUGGUAGGAAGCCAUGCCAAUCAAGGAAAACUGUCGGACCAGAUGGGAGGCCGAAUUGGGGGGCAGACCGGACAGGUGGCAAUGCUGGACAAGGGAGCAACGUCAGACAGAAGGAUGAUGCCGGACAGAGGGCAACGCCGGAUGGAAGGACAAUGCCGGACGGAGGGCAAGACAUGCGGAGGGUGAUGUCGGACAAAGGGGAAGGCGACACUGGACAUGAGGUGACACUGGAUAUCGAAGCGAUGCCAGACGGGAUGACGAGGCCGGAUAGUUUCUCUUCCGCUGCGAGGGUUCUAACCCCUGGCUCUGAUACCAUGUAACUGACUCAAAAAAUAGGGAGAGAGCACUCUCCUAAUCGACAAACCCUAGUAUUUAUAUUAGGGUCUUAAUGUACAGAAAUGGGCUACUUUGGCCCAAACUACUAAAUGGGCCAACCUGACUUAUACUAGACUAAAGACAUAAUUCUAACAAACUUCAUUGCCAAUCAGGAUAGUUCUUCACAAGAGAAGUUUGAAUUUUAGUGGCCUUUAUCAUUUGAGGCUGUAUUCAGUUUUUUUGGAAGAAAUAGAUCUACUCAAUGUUUUAAUCGUUACCUAAUUCAACUUUUAACUAGCUUUUAAAAAGCCUUGUUCAUGUUUUAAGUACUGCUAAAUGGGUGUAAACUUAGUUGCAUUUUUAUCUUUGAUUUCUAUCCAUUUUUCCAUCUUCUGGAUGAAUAUUGCUAUCUGAUACUUGUGCUUUUUUGUCUUCCUAACAGUUUUUGGAAUUGGUUUUGAUAUCCAGUAAUCAAUUUCUUUCUGACUUUCCAUGUCCUUUUGGUGAGAUAUAGCAUGGAGGUUCAACUAAUGCCUAUACAGCUUCAGAACAGACAAACUUCUAUUUUGAUGUAAAUGCAGACUGUUUUGAAGAAGCUCUGGAUAGGUAGUAAUUUUGGGCUUUAUGAUUCUUUGUUCGUUUUUGCCAUUUCUUUGUUAAGAUACGACCACAUCUUUCUUUAUUGUUCUCCAUAUAGGUUCUCUCAAUUCUUCAUAAAGCCACUGAUGUCCUCUGAUGCCACCCUCAGGGAAAUAAAGGCUGUUGAUUCUGGUAAAUAAUGCCAAUGUUAUUCUGGGGCGUUAUCCAUCAUUAUAUAAUAAGUUUUUUGUCUUUAUUUCCUUUUCCAGAAAACCAGAAAAACUUAUUGUCUGAUCCUUGGAGAAUGAGGCAGGUGAUUUUUCUUUCCUUAAAGAUGAUUUACAUCUCAAACGAAUCUGCCAUUGUGAUAAUGAAUAUCUUAUCUUUGCAUUUGGAUAAAUCAAUCAUUCACUAUUACCAUUAGUAAGUAAAAUGUUGUGUAGAUACCAAAAUUUUCCCAGAUAAUAUUUAAUUUUAAGAUGCAUGGGGGCGGGGGGGGGGGGAGGGGGGAGGACUUUUGAUAUGAACAGCGAAAUAUAUAGGUUUUUAAUAAUUUUUCGGAAAGCAUAUGGUACCAUGCAUGUGAUCUUAGAAAACAAGCUUCUGAAAUAUAUGGAAAAACUUUCCAUGUUGCUGACUUUUCUUGAGUCUCUGAAUGACCUCCUGUAAUCUCUUCAUCCCAUGUGAUAGCUGGGAACCUCGAUGAAUAAUUAAAAAAGGAAGUUCCCUGAAUGUAAAGUCUCCACUGAAGCUGAGGUACUACGUCCUUCACAAGUACCACCUCUCUUGUCUUGACAUUUAUUUUGAGCUUUUACAUCCUCCUAAAUAUCAGCUAGACCUUUCUUCUUGUCACUCCUUGCGUUUGAUUUGAGGAGAGUUUUGUGGUGCCUUUGGCAUGUUUGAGGUGUGAAUCUUUGCUCAAAGCAUGGGCAAAGUCUCAGGUAAGUAGAUGCUUUGAGUCCUACAUGAAAAGUGUUUAUUCCGAUACUUGUAAUUUGGUAUUUCUGACAGUAAGUUUAUCCUGACGUGAUGAUGAUGACUAUAAAUCAAUGCAAUGACUAUGAAUUGUGGAAACUUUUCCAACAUCAUACAUCAGAUUAAGUAGAACCUGUUGUGGAAAACAAAGGAAUGACAAGUAUUGGUGAUGUGGAACCUGUUGUGGGAUUCGAACUGCUGAACUAGAAUACUGAUGGGUUACUGGCUUAAAUUAGGUGGACGCAAGAUGUGUCUACGAAAUAAUAUUAUCUUCACUUAUACAUUGAGUUGCAUGAUAAAAUUAUAUUAUAUGAAAGUGAGAAGUUAGGUCUUUUAAAGUGUUUGUGGCGUCCUAGGAAGUUGGGAAACUUUUCAUGGUAUUUUUGUGCAAAUAUUUCCUGUUUCUUUCCUCAAUACAAAAAUAUGGAAUCUAUAAAAAAUAUGCAUAUUUCUGUUUUCAUUAUUUACAAAGAGAUAGUACCCUCACUUUGAAAAAACACGUGAUAUUAGUUCUUGAUAUGUGCAGGUAAAACAUGCUUCAGGUGAUUUAUCUAGAUGUUCUCUUUAUAUUUCGUUAAAAAAAGACUCUGCUUUGGGAUGAACUGUGUGGUAUAACCUUUUUUGGGUCUAUGGGCAUAACCUCUCUGUAUUUACGAAUGUUUCUUUAUUCUAUACAGCUUGAGAAGCAUUUAUCUUUGAAGGAUCACCCAUUUCACAAAUUUAGUACAGGUAGCUGUUUCUAGUUGUUUCUCUUUAUGGUUGGCAUAUUGGUCUAUAUCUUUACAGUUUCCACGAGCUCAAGUUUCCUUUUGUUGGCAUUCAAAUAAGUUUUUAAAUUUACAAGUUUAGAACGUGUGACAAUCAAGUUACGAUAAUGUGUCAAGUUAAUGUGACCAGUAAAGUAAAAAGUAUGGUAACUAAAAUUUGAAUAAAGAAAUUUACCUAGUGAAUGUCUAGUUUGAAUUUAUUUAGAAAUAAAAAACUUUUAACAUCCUAAGCACUUCAAUACGUUUGUGAAUACUAAAGUUUAAGGGUUGAAAAAUUAAAUUACAUGAAAAUACUAAAUGAACGAAGUUUAUGGCAGUAAUUGAAGACAGUUUGAUACAGCUAAUAAUAGAGUGAUCAUCAAUCAAAUUCAAUCAGGCAACUCUACAAAUGACUCUAUCGUACCUAUUUAUGUUAUUCAUUCAUAUUUGGCGAAUCAUAAUCCUUUAUUAUUUAUACUUGCAUUAGGUAACUGGAAUACUCUUGAAGUAAUUCCGAAAGCAAAAGGCUUGGACACAAGACAGGAACUUCUAGAAUUUUAUAAAGACAAGUACUCCGCAAAUCUUAUGCACCUUGUUGCUUAUGGGAGAGGUAUGUGCUUCAUUAUUGCUUGCUUUUAGAUUCGGUAUAGCUAUAGAUUUAGCUAAUCGUUUCAUUUCCAUAAUGGGUUAUUUCAGAGAGUCUUGAUGACCUUCAAAGGUUGGUUGAGAAGAAAUUCAAGGAUGUGACAAAUACUGGAAGAAGUGCUGUUCAAUUUCCAGGUCAGCCAUGCACAUCGGAGCAUCUUCAGGUACUGUUGACUGUUAUUUGUCACAGAAGGGUUAGAUGGAUAUUAUUCUCUUUCUCAUCAUGACCCUCUUGCCUCUAUUCCUUUCUAUCCUUUCCAGCUAAUUGUCAAAGCUGUCCCAAUUAAAGAAGGUCAUAUAUUGCGAUUUUCGUGGCCAGUAAUUCCCAGCAUUCGCUAUUACAAAGAAGGGCCCCAUAAGUAUCUUAGUCACCUAAUUGGGCAUGAAGGAAGUGGUUCACUAUUCUUUGCCUUGAAGAAAUUAGGUCAGUCUGAUAUUGUCUAUGCUUAUGUGUACGCUUAAAUAUUCCGAUGGUAUACAUUGAAAUGAUGUGAGAAACUAUUGGAGGACUUGUGUACUUGUGAGUUUCAAAGUUAUUUUCUGCCUUCUUUAGGCUAUGCAUGAUGUUAACUAUAGUGCUAUUCUUGAUAUUGUCCGUGCUUGAUAUACUUCAAUAAAGUGAAGUCUUUUAUAGUUAGGUACCAAAAAAUUUGAAGUAUAAUUAAAAUGUAAACUCUUCAUGGAAAUGCCAAAUCAAUGGGGUUGUCAUUGUGUGGUUUUGGAGAUUCAUCCUGUUCACGAAAAACAUACUUGAUAUGUAUACCUCAUUGUUUGCUUACAGAGUUUACCUCAGAAGGAUAGGUCAUGUGUUCUUGAUCUGCAGACCUUGCCAUAAGCUUUCCUUGCCAUUAGCUUGCAGAGCAUACCUCAAAAGAAUAGGCCGCGUGCUCGAUGGCUACCCCGUGCAACCUGGUGUUCAUACAUUUAUGGGUGUCUAGGAAGCUGUGUCCUGCACGUCUCCUACGUGGUCUUCUGAAAUACUGAGGAAUGUGGGGCUGUCUUGCCAUAGCUGGUGGUCCUUCAGGAUAGGAUGAGAGUCUUCCUAGUUAACUGGAGAACGAGCUUGUUGUGUGUGUGGUGGAUUUUCCCCUGGGAGGAGCGCGAGGAGAGGUUGCAUUAUCUAUAUAUCUGUACGAUUUGAUGCAGUAUUAGAAUGAUAGUUUGCAUGUGAUAUUUCGUUAGUUUGAUUAUAAAACGUCAUUUUCAAAUAACCUUCAAGCAAGUUUAGAUGCCUUCAAACAGGUUGCACAUUUACGUUACCUUCAUAUAACUACAGAACUACAAUACAGUGAAUAGCUUAUUGGUGUUGAUUUUUUUUCAUGAUAUAGAAUCCUCAAAUUUAUUGAAAAGAAAAAAAUACUUCGAUGUAAUACCUGUUGAACUGUGGAAUUCAAAGAGAAAUUUAGGAGCCCCAAGCUCUGUGAAUCUCUAUGCAGCAAUGGAGCCUGAAGGAUGCAGUAUGAGAGCAGCAUAGGUUACCAAGAUUUGCUCUAAUUGUACCCCAAUUACAAUUCCCUUACCACUCAAAGCGCGAUUAAGAAUAUAAUUUAACUCCAUUUACGUCAUUUUAUUCUUUUUGGGCUUUUAUCUUUUUUGAGAUACUUUUUGAAAAUGCAUUUCUUAUCUGGUUUUCGAGAGUGUACCAUUUUUCUGAAUUGACUGAAGUUUAUUCUAAUACCAGCUCUAUUGGCAUUCUUUUUGUAAGGAAUUCCUUAUCAAAUCAGUCAUUGAGAAGGACAUGAAAGUAAUGAUUAAAUUAAUAUUAUAUUUUAUUUAAUAUAAGUCAUGCCAAAACAUAUAUUUUUAUUUUUUUCCUGUAGGGCCAGCCUCAUUCCAAUAUAAUUUUUGGCCAGAAAAAGGAAAGCAUUACUAUAUUUUUAGUUGUGUUUUUUUUGAGGUUCCACACGCAUUGCAGGAUGGGCUGUGAGCUUGAGUGCUGGCGAAGGGGAAGGGAGCUACGACUUCUCAUUUUUCUCAGUGGUUAUUGAGCUUACUGACUCAGGACAUGGUUUGUUCUCCUGUGGUUCCAGCAUGAUGAUUGUCUUCCAUCAGUUAUGCUGAUAGUUUAUAAUUUUAUUGGUCAAUCUACUUUGCCACGUUUAUACAAGAUUCUGAACCCCUUCAAAAAAUGCUAUGCAGACCAUGUUGAAGAUAUUGUUGGACUGUUAUUCAAAUAUAUUUCCCUUUUACAGAACUCUGGAGUCAAAAAAUCAAUUUUUGAUGAGGUACAAAAAUUCUUGGGAUCUGAAGUUUUCAUACCAUAAUCAAUGCUUUGAAUUUUCUUCGUUGUGAGAUUUUGAGAUGGCAUGGGCAGUUCUAGUAGUUUUGCAAUUUUUUAGGUCAUAUUCUUAAAAUAUAAUCCUGCACACGUGUUAUUGUUCAGGUGGAAGAAAAUGUUCUAUCGUACGUUUUUCAACUAGAGGUUUUUAUGUACAUCGUCUAAAAUGUAAUGAUAUUAGGAAGAUGGCAUGAUGAUCCACCAGGACACAGCUCCUACUUUGCUUGACUUUGAGGUUCACCAGAUCAGUCAAAUUUUAUCCACUGAGGUAAAUAGAAAAAUGGUUGCAGAUGAAAGUACUUGACUAAUAUCAAGUAAACCACAAGUCCACAGAAUAUUGGUCAAGUUAUGAUAACAUGGAUAAGAACUUAGGAGAAAUUCUCCCAACCAAAUAGAAGGAAAAGUAGUACGAUCUAGAUUAUAGCGAAAAUAUAUAUUUGAACGGUCCAACUCUGCUAGGUGUUUGUAUCUGCAGAUGAUAAGGUUGAACUUUCAGGCAUCUCUGGCAAUCCUUGUAUUAAAAUCUGAAAUCUUGCAUGCAAUACCGACAAAUAGGACGUUGUGAUACUAAGAUACCAUAAGAACAAGAUCAUGCAGAUUCAGUAGCUUUGUGUAAUGCAGCUUGUAUGGAAAUAUCUACCUGUAAAUUGAUUGGUAGAUGCCAUGGAUUUUGUUAAUGUAAGAAGUCAUCAGAGCUCUCCCUAUUAGGGUUUCUUUUCUUCUCUCUAUGUUCCUGGUAUACUACUCCAUAUGCUGAUGUAUUAGUGGGUGAACAUGGGAUAUGGUUUUGUAAACUUGAAAAUGAAGGCGGAUCAAAAUAUAUGAGCCUUACUCGUGAGAAUCGAUAGUUCGCCCCCAUGUACAACAAGAUAAGCAUGCUGAAAAGUUAGGUGAAUUGGACUAGUCAGUCUCAACCUGAGCGUGUCAACAAAACAGAACCGCAUUUAAAUUGUGUUAAGCAUAUAAACUGCUAUAUUGAAAAAGUUUCACUUUAUUUCUGCAAGGGCAAAAGAAUGGGUAAGAGUAUUGUGCAAUAAGGGAAAAGGAUAUUUUUCAAUUUUGAGAGCCUUCGAAACGUAGUUAAGCCUUUAACUUAUGGGUUUCUAUUGCUUUUGUAGCAAUAGUUUUUUCUUGAGACCUAACUACGUUCGCGCUCAUAUAUCCUUGUAUCACUUUCUUUACAACUAAUAAGUUUGUGGUUCUAGAAAAAUGCUUAUUUCUAAAUCAGGUGUUGGUGUUUGGAUAUGGAAGGGUGUUUCUAUUUAUUCUCUCAAUUUUCGGGAUUCUCAACAAAAAGUCGACACUAGAGAUUUCCUUUUAAAGGGGUUCAUUCUUGGUUGGUCUUGAGUUGGUUGAAUUGAUCGAACUUUGAUCGACAGAUUCCAGUAAACUCCUCAAACAACUGACUAAUCCAUGCUGACUCUGUACUUUAUUUUUUUAAUUUUUAGUCAUUCUGGAGGGGGACUAUAACCCUUGGGCGAAUGUAAUAGAAUGAGGAAUACCCACCUCAGAGUCUCGUCUAUUUAUCUGGAUCAAAGUUGGCCUAUGACAUUUAUCUAUCUAUACCAAACACUUGACAGUCUGAGAUCUUGUAAAAGAAGUGUAUUCUCGUGGACUUGGUUCAAAACAAAGAAGAGACAGAUUCCAUUUGAAUUCCGAUCAUAUUUUGGAUUAAUUGAUUUUAAAGUAGUGAUUCACUGAUCAUUACCGCGCACAGGAGUUUUUCUGCGAACUUACUGACCGGACUAUAAACCCCAGGGUGUUUUUAUGCUAAUCCCUCUGUCUUACGUGAUCUCUGGUGUUUAUCCGGAUCAUAGAUGGCAGUUCUAGAUGUGAGAUCAGUUGUUUAACUGGCAGGCUUGCUAUCGAGGGUGAUUGGGAAUUCGCCUUCGUUUCGUUAAUCAUCUCCUCAUUUAUCUUUUGCAAAACAGGAUGGUCGUUCCAUUACCUGUUUGAAUUUUGAGUAAAAAAAGUUUAGCUUCAUGCAUGAUUUUUCUCAUUAUCAGUGCAUAAUCCUUCUUCAUGUGUGGCUAAAACAAAAUAUGUUUGCAUGGAUGCUAUUCCUUUCUUGUGAAAUCUGAGGGCCUAGUUAAAAUGUUUAAUUGACUAUUGAAAAUGCAUGGGUAUUUUAUCCUCAAAUGCUAUUUUACCGAAUUGAUUGAAAUUACAUAAGGAGUACCUUUUAACCAUUCCCUCCUAGCUGAGUUCAUUUCUUUCAAGUUUAAUGUUUGAUUUAUUAAAGAAACAAGAAAAUACUGUUAAUAACCUAACAAUAGCUGAUAUGUUGCACACAAGAAAGCUAGAUUAAAUCAUUUUAGUAAAAUUCUUUAAUAGGGAAAAUGAUCCUUCCAUAUAAACAUGAAACUUUCCCCUUCCAUGCAUCUGCACCCUUUUAUAUGUCCUCAUUAUUGAACUUGCAGCUGGCUGUUGGUAAUCUGCACUAACCAGAUAAAAUAUAUUGUAUAAAUAAAAAAUCCGCUGUCUUUGCUUGCACAAUUUCUGGAUGAGAAAUUCAGGAAAUAAAUCAAUUGUAUGGUCAUGAAGAAAGAUAAGCGAUAUCAAUUUUAUUGUAUCAUCAUUCUCUUUGAAUUAUUAUUUUGCAACUAGUUGCUGCACUCGUUUUUGCAUUUGUUGGUAGACUAGGUGAUUGCCAAUAUGACUGCUAAUUUUCUGUCAUUAGCUUGCCAACAUAUGUGAAACGAAAUUCCACUAUCAAGACAAGGUACCGCCAAUUAAUUAUGUUGCUCAUGUGGCAUCAAAUAUGCAGGUAACGUCGUUUAACUCAUCUAUUUCUAUUUUCUUAAAUUGCCCAUUAUUUUUGUGAGUCUCUUGUUCCAAAAUAUUUGCAGCAUCAUUCCCUACUUAUAUGAGGUAUUUAAUUUUUCUAUUCUUAGCAGAUGAGUGUAAAAGAAUGUUCGAAUUUGGCUAAGGGAAAAGAGAGGACAGAAUGUGGGAUAUCAGUGAGAAAUGAAUGUGUACCUGGGAAUGAGAAACAAAAGAAGUCGUUGGACAUAGUAGAAAAUCGAAAAAUAUGAUAUGUUAGCUCUCAAUAUCCUCAAACAAUUGAAAAUGCAAUGCAUAGCUAUAACUCGAUUCUCUAUUAUUUACCAUUUCGUUAAGAGCAGGUGUCCUUUCUCAAGACUUGAAUAUAAUGAUUGACGCUAUGGUUUACCCAAUUUCCUGAUUUAGAUGACGCAAUCUGCCUUGUUGGGUCUCAGAGCUCUGUCUUGAAUCUGCCCAGGAGCCAGAUUUAUUAGAAGACACACUUAAUUGAAUCUUCUCUAAACCAUGAUGUGGAUCUUCUCUAUACUAGAUUGAAGCUUUGGUCUUUGCUACUCUGACCUCAAUUCUGGCAUCAACUGCGCCGAUUUCAACUUCGUCAUGUGCUUUCUCUGACUACUGUGUUCUUUUUUCACUGUAAUAAGUUUGGGUAUUUUCCAUUCCAACUUCAACUACGCCACUUCAAUGUUAGCCUCUGUUACAAAAACUUAAACUCCAGUGUUAUUAUACUGAUUUAAAUGUCAGCCUCUACUGCACCAACUUCUGCUUUGACUAUAAUUUCAACAUUAAUUUAUUGUUUUGUUUGUUGUUUAUUAAGAAAUAGUUUUAUGUAACAGGUUUGAGAAAAAAAUGAUUUAUCUACUCUAGCUUGAGGGUGAUAUUGAGCCAUCAGGGGAUGGGCUAUUUACACUUAUACUAGGUCUUAUAAUUUAAUGCCCCCUCUAGUAGGUGAGGAAGGCGCCAUGAAUGUGUCUAAUUUUCGUGCUUCUAUUUCAACAAUGAUCAUUAGAGAUUGGUGUAAGGAAUCUAAGAGUAUUCCUGUGAAUUGGGGAGUUGUGUUUAGCGUAUGAUUUUUUUCGAAAGAAUGACUGGGAGUAAAGGGUGCAGGCUGUGAAUUGGGUUUAAAGUGAAAGUUGCUAAAAACUGGCAGAAUUAUUCAGUUGGUUUCUCCGUUGUUAGAGUUUUCUGUCCAGAAUUUUUGACUCUAGUAAGGUCGCCUUGUCCUCUCUAUGAUCACUACUUCGUUGUCUGACAAGCAGUUCACCUCAUCUUUCUCUUUUAGCGUAGCCUACCUUUAUCCAUUAUUCUUGUUUCUAUCGUGCUUAGUUUAUUCAAUCAUCUGCAAGUAACUUUAGUUGAGCAGACCCAGACUAAUCAAUUGGAUGGAAAGAUGUUGGGGUUCUUAAAAGGAUAAGCUGCCAUCACCAUAUUGUAUUCUCCCAAUCUGGAGUGGGAGCUUUUUAGUGUCUGAGCUCCCAGCUCCAGCAAAAUUUACCCCUGGGUCAAGUCUGGCCAUUAAAAAAGCCAGUCUCGAGCCUUCACGUAAAAGAGAUCUUCUGGUUGCACCCCUGCUAUCAGAUUGUCUAUGGGUGUAGGAAACUUGUCAUAUGACAUAAGGUGCAUGGUCUAUCCUGACCUCUAUGCUUUUAUCUUCGCUAGCUUCCAAGUUUAGACUCUUUCCUUGCUCUUCUGGUUUUAGUUUUGUUGUACUUUAUGAUCAUCUCUCAGCCAUUCCAAAAUUUUGCAUUUAUCCUGGAGAUGUAGCCGGUGCCAUAGGAUUUGCCUUAUGUAGAUUAAAAACGUAGAAUGGGAUUGUUGUCUCUUUGUAUUAAUGUUUUUUCUUGUCUUUUACAUAGGGUAACUUAAUCUUUUAUCCAAACAAGGUAUGAUUUUUGUUGUAUUUCUUACUUUGUAUAAAAAUUUAAGGGGGCUUUCGAGAACUUUGUCCAACAGCCUUUUUGAUUUCUCCACUCUCUCUUUCGUAAAAUUGUUCUUAUUUUGUCAUCAUAGAAAUUAGAAUCGGUUGUUACACUUAGAUGACCAUGUUACAAGGUCUAACAUCGACUUUCAUUCAAAGGAAUGAGUUAAAAUAGUCUCAUCUUGGUUAUUAUGGUAGUUAAACAUGUUUUCCAUUAGAUAAGCUAAUUCCACUCUUGACUAGUUAGUUUUAAGUUGGAUGGUUCAAUGACAGUAAUAAAAUAAUAAGCUCACAGUACUACUUUCAUUCAGAAUAGGAGUCCCUUACAUCUUGUUCUGCACCAUCUAAGAACAGUUGAUCGCAGAUGGAGCAGCAAUGAAAGUCGUGACCCUAUGACUAGAUCAGCUUUUACUUGUUCCCGUCCUUUGGUAACUGGUUUUGAUUUUCUCUAGGAUGAGAAGCUUGCAAUUUACUUUCAAAAAAACUAGAAUGCCUAAGUAAGACCUUUUCAGAAACAAGGAUGGGAUGGAUGUCAAAGUAGAAUUACAAUAUUAGGGUUAUUUCGUUGCUCCCCUCCUCACCCGUUCAUAUAUAAAGAGGACAGGGGGUUUUAUACCAUAAGACCUAAUAUGUGUCAAUAUUGAUUCUAAAUGGUACACUCACGCAGUAAAUAGUGGUCUUAUUACAUCCAUGUUCUGAUGGACUCUCUAACUGUUGAAUUACGACUUAAUUAUCUUGGUCGAUUAAGGGAACUUGUGAACUUUUGGUUUGAAUUUCAUUCUCACAUAUCUCAAGCGUUAACUGGCCUUUCAGAUCACAACCCUAUUAGCCUCUUAAGGCAAUUAACAUGGCCCACCCUGCCUUGGUUCUAGAUUCUAAUUUGUCAGGUUUUCAGUUUGAUACCACUCUUUCUCUCUGUCAUAGGUUUAAUUUUAGUUUUGAGUUUAAUAAAAUCGGGAAUAAGUUAAGGGGGAUUGGUUGCCAAUAUUGACUCUUUCGGCCCAGUAAGUUAAGCAACUUUAUUAAGUUUAUCCCUAGCCGGGCCUCACGUGACUUGCUCAGCCAUCUGAGAAUAUCAAACUCAGAUUGCUGGGUUAUUUCGAAUAAAUUUGGAUAACCCAGCCUAUUCCAAUUCUAACUGGGUAUCAGACCAUUGGUUUCUAGUUGUCAUAGAUUGCUAAAUCCUCUAUACUCCGAGUGAAUGUCUUUGAACUGCCUGAAAACAGCUCUAACAGGCUUGGGUGUUUCUGUUGUAUUUGUAAAUUGUGAUACACGGUGUAUGGGAAUUCACGCUGUGAUGAUGUUGAUUGGAGGAAUUUGUAGCUGUUAGGAUUUGUAGGUCAUGGUGCAUCAUGUAUAGGAACUCACACUGUGAUGAUGGUCAUCAAGGGAACUUAUGGCCUGAGGGUAUACUGAGAAAGAUCAUGUAAGGUUCUCUCCUUAAAGGGUGAUAAAUUUCAAUAAAAAGUGAGGUGAUUUCCCGCUCCUCCCCUCUUGUCCUUUGAGACAGGAAAUUUCCUUCUCCACACUGUCCAUUUCCCCUUCGUUUCAGCAGAUUCCAAUAUAAAUUGAAGAGUGGAUCAUAAUGUAUGAAUCCUUGGGGCCAUUUCUGUGUUACAUGGUUUUCUUGAUCUCAAGCCCAGUGCGGUUUCAUGUUUCACGUUUUUGAAAAAAAUAUGGUAAAUAGAACGCCCAAUUUUCCAAUGCCUUUCUUUCUAUCUUUACCAUUACAUAUUGGUGGUAACCAAUGAUUCUUCAAUUAUACUAGCUCAAUGUCAAAGUUGCUUUUUCUUCAGUUAUAUCCACCUGAAGAUUGGCUUGUUGCUUCAUCUAUUCCUUCGAAGUACGUUCCAAGUACUAUCCAAAUGGUAUUAGAUUGCCUCAUGCCAGAAAAUGUCAGGUAUGUAUGGUUCAUGUGGAUUUUUAAUCAGCAUGUCUAGUAGAAAGUCUUUGGUUUUGUAGUCUAAUCCAUUGAUUGUAGUUCUCUCUGAUUUUCUUCCUUGCAGAAUCUUUUGGGGGUCAAAGAAGUUUGAAGGAUAUACUGAUUUAGUUGAGCCAUGGUAUGGUACUGCAUAUUCGGUAGAAAAAAAUUCUGCUUCCCUUAUUCAGGUAUAUAGUUCUUUAGUCUGAUCAAUAAUCUUCUCUGUUUUAUGAUUUUAUCGUAUGCUCUGCGGUAGUCAUGCCUGUGCUUCAGUCAAUAGUCUACUCUGUUUGAUUGCAUCAAUCAUUCACAUUCCAUCUGUCUUGCAGCAAUGGGUGAAGAAAGCUCCUGAAGAAUAUUUAGAUCUACCAGCACCAAAUGUUUUCGUUCCCACUGAUUUUACAAUUAAGAUUACCAAAAACCAUGUAAUGUUGAUGUUUUUACUGUGAUAAGAUUUCAGGAUUUAUUACUUCAAAAUUGGAUUUUUAAUAUUUAUCAAUGACAGUUCUUAUUCUAUCAAUCAGGUUAAAUUUCCUAUCAUGUUAAGGAGGUCCUUAUAUUCAAGAUUGUGGUACAAACCUGAUACAAUGAUGUUCUCCACUCCCAAGGGCUAUGUCAGUGUCGAUUUCAACUGUCCUCAGUCAAACCAUUCCCCAGAGGCUGAAGUUCUUACAGAGAUUUUCACGCGGUUAUUAAUCGAUUAUCUGAACGAAUAUGGUAAAAUUCAUGUUGAAUAUUUUACUUGUCAAGCAUUUAUUUUCUUGGCCUUUCACAUUACAUGGUUAAAUUUUUAAUCCUGCUAAAGCGUAGUUUUACUUAGAUGUCUUUGGAUUUGAAAAUAGUGAUACCUUGUGCCUUACUCUGGAAAAUCAUCUGGAUGGAAAUAGUAUGUGACUUUAGGAAAUGGCUUUUGUAUUAUGUUGUAUGAUUUUAUAGGAUUUUUCUUGUCUUAAAUUUCAGUUUGGUGCAGUAUUUAUGUUUUAGAAAUCACUUUCAAAUCUUCAAGUAUCAAUUUUCUAAUAUUUCUAUGAUGUAGAUCUCAUUCACGUUUCACUAUAUUGUCCCACUUUGCUUCCUCGGCCAAAAUUAAAAGCCGCUUAGAGAGUAAUGUAUUCAUUAAUAUUGUUGAUACUGAGCACCAAACACCUCUCUCAGUUUCUCUUCUCUAAGCCCAUUCCCACCUUGGUUAGUGAACGUGUUCAUUACCAUGGAUCCUUUCCUCCAAAGGAGUAGGCCUUCAAUUAUCCUGUGUUUCUGCACUUCCCAUUUUUCUUUUAAUUUGCACUCGUAUGUAUACUUGAGAACUUGUUACUUAAUGUUACUGGUAGUAUUUUUCAUAUUUAUCUACAUAUUAAUUGUAUAAUUUUUAUUUUCUAUACUGUCUCAUUGCUUAUCAGUACUCUCAACUUAUAUGUUUUGACAGCAUAUGACGCUCAGGUUGCUGGCCUGUAUUACUCAAUUCGCCGCACUGCCACUGGAUUUCAAGUUAGUUCGACUUUCUCUCCUGUGCUGCUUGAGGAGAUUUUCUUUUUUCUAUUAUCUUUCCCUGGUAUGUGAAAGGAUGUUUUAUCUUGAUAAGGUAAAGGCGGGCAUUACUAUCUGUAAAGAAAGUUUGGCGUAACUUGUAUAGCUAAAGAAGAUCCAUGGUGAGAAGAAGCCAAACUGACUCUCAGGGUGGUUUCUUGUUAAUUUAAAAUCAUUAAUUCCAAGGGUUUGGUCGAUAUUUACGACUCUAAAACAUUGGAUAAGCUUUUCGAUACCCUGGUUCGUGGAUAAUUCAUUAUUUUUCUCAUUGAUGUUCCUGUGCUUUUUAGCCAUUGAGUCAGUUCAAUCGGGAACUCUUCUUAAAUGUACACAUAUCUCGUUUGUUCCAUCCAGUAAUAUCUAAUUUUAAGUCUUUGAUUUCAUGUCAACUUAAUUUUACUCAAGUUAUGAACAACAACAUUCCUAGGGCUGAAUUUUAUUUUUCCAGUGUGGGAACUUGGAUCAGGUGUUUGUCAAUCACAAUUAGUGCAGGGAAGCUCACUCAAAUUAGGUCAAAUUUUGGGCCUAGCUCCUUUUUUGUGUGUUCCUGACUCAAUUACACAUUUCUACUUGUAGAUCUACGUAAUAAUAUUACAUGUUAAGAAAAAAAAUUAACACCAGCCGGAAUUUUAGCUUAGACUUUGUGAUUUAACCUAGGGCAUCAGCUGAUUUGAUCUUCCCCCACCCGAUCUUUGGCCAUAAUCCACCUAUUCUGGAGUCUAGGAAAUUUAUGCUCUCUUACUGAUGGGAAAAAGUUGGAUCAAAUUAUGGGCGAAGAAAAUAUGAUUAACUAGGACUUUGUCAACUGGUACACUGCGUUCUAAACUGUGUUUGAUGUUCUAAACUUUUUUUUGUUUUAUUAAUGAUCCUGAUCCAUUUUUUGUGCGAUUUUAAUUUCUAACCAAUUCUUAUUCUUCAAGGUUGUUGUCUAUGGCUACAGCCACAAAUUGAGAAUCCUAUUAGAAGCAAUAAUUGAGAAAAUUGCGCAGUUUGAAGUUAAAGUUGACAGGUUUUCUGUUAUUAAGGUAAUCUGUCAUCUCAUGUUAUAGUACAAAUCUUGUACUUCUUAUCAACUCUUUACUAGGUAAUCCAUUGUACUUUCUAUUUUGUAUUGUUUUUUUGUUAUCUUCAAUGAAUUUUUUGCAUUCAAUGGAUUUUUCAUUGGUUGAAGUGGAGUAGAUGCUACUAACACGUUUUAAUUGCAACCAAAUGUUCUCCAGCUGACACUGUUAACUUUUGUGAACAACUUUGUCAUAUCUGCUGGUGAAGCUGUCACAAAAAACUUCUCUACUCCUGCUCUCCCCCCAGAGGGAGAUAUACUGUCUAUGACCUUAUGAAGACGAUAUUUUAAUGGAGAAAUUUGAUAAGCAUACUGAAAUAUCGUCGAUUGCUAAUCAAGGAAUUCUGUACAGCUCUUUCUAGUAUCAUUUGCUUCAUCUACGGCCAUUGCUGCUAAGCAGAAACGGUAACCUUACUGUGACAAGGUCUGAAUCAAAUUCACCAAAUGUAAUAUAGAAGCCGAGUGUGAGCUAAAGCAGUGAUUUCUCUGUCAAGUACUUCCGUGAAAACAAAUGGAAGAAAAAUUCCUCAAAGUACUCACAUUCUGUCAGAUAACGGCAUAAGCUGCAUUCUCUCCCCUAUGGACCUUGAAGUCAUAUAAAACUCAGAAGAAAUCAACAUAUGUCAGACGCUACCAAGGAAUGAGCCCAUGUCUCAUCUCCUUCUCUAGUGAUAUUUAAUGUUCUUAUCGACCCCUCAGUACUAAAUCAAGGAUGCAGGAUUAAGGGUCUGGAGAACGUAUAAAUUUUUCUGGUUAGCUAUUUAAGCCAUCCGGUACAAUGUGAAGCUUAGAGAAGUUUGAGAUAAGUUUAUCUGCUGUCUCUGGUGAUCAGAUCUCUCCCUUCCCCUUCCUCCCAACUUAAAAGAGAAAUCGUCCAUCGCACGAUUCCUAUCUGAAUUGGCAAUUUGGAUCAGAAUCAGACGAUUUUAAGUGCAUAAAUGGAAACCCCUCUGGAACCCCUCAGACGAUUCUAAGUGCUCAUCAUGUUCCUGUUUACCUGAUCCUCUUCCUUACAUUUGUAUAACUUGCCUAAUAUUUCUGUAGAUUUCCAUACUUAUUGUACUCGUUUGUUCUGUGAUCAAUGUCAUGAUAUAGGAAUUAUAAAGCUCCCGAUUACCAUUUUUCACGGACAUUUUUUGCUCAUCAAUGGUAACUGUGAUUAUUCAUCCGAAUUGAAAUUAAUUGAGAUUCUUGUAUCCUAAUUGUAGGAAGAUGUUAUGAAAGAAUACCAGAAUUUCAAGUUUCGACAGCCAUUUCAGCAGGCGUUGUAUUAUUGCUCACUAUUACUAUCGGAAAAGUCAUGGCCUAUGAUUGAAGUACUGGAAGUGCUUCCUCAACUUGAUGCUAGUGUUCUUGCCAAGUUUAUACCUCAAGUACUCUCAAAAACAUUCUUUGAAACCUAUGUGGGAGGUAUGCAUGCAUGUUCCUUCCACCUUUAUUUCAUCACUUUCUCUGGUAUGUAUUUUGGGAAAUAUCGUCUUUUGGUGAAAUAUUAUUCAGGAAAUUUUGAACCAAGCGAAGCUGAAUCAGUUGUCAAACACAUUGAAACGAUGUUGUUUGGAGGCCACACUCCCAUUAGCAAGCCAAUAUUUCCGUCCGAGCAUCUAACAAAUAGAAUUAUCAAGCUUGAAAAGGGUGUGAGCUUAUGUUACCCAGUUGAGGUCCUAAACAAGAGUGACGAGAAUUCAGCACUUAUCCAUUACAUUCAGGUUGGUUUCAAGAUUGAUCCAUUAUAUUUUUUGACAAGUAGCAAUGUUGUAAACCUUAAUCUCAUCGCACUGAACUUUUUUCUAAUAAUAUCAGCACGACAUGAACUUUGAAGACUACUGAGAGUUUUGCGAGAUCAGAAAUCCCUAAUCUCUCGUCAAAAACCAUCACCCCAAAUUUUCCAUGCCAUAUAUUUUGCUAUCCGAUCUUCCAUUUUUAUUUUAUUUUUUUAUUUCUUCAUCUCGCGAGCUUGUCUACCUUUCCAGGGAACUUAGUUGAGAUGAUUUGGUUGUUUUUAUUGACUGGUCUGGAAUGACCGUUGAGAAUUUUCAAAAACUGAUGACUCGUCUAACUUAACAAGUCGAUCAUUCUGCUCAAAUUUGAAGGUGCAUCAAGAUGACACCAAGCUGAAUGCUAAAGUUCAGCUUUUUGCCAUGAUUGCAAAAGAACCUGCUUUCCAACAACUCAGAUCAGUUGAACAACUUGGAUACAUAACCGUGCUUAGACAAAGGUUUGUAUGCUAAUGAAAAACCUACAACGUUCCAGAAUUAAGUAUUAAAAGUUGAUCCUUCGCAGGAACAACUCAGGAAUCUGGGGACUGAUGGUUGUUAUCCAGUCCACUGCUAAGGUAAUCGAAAAGGCGUGUUUUUUCUGCUACAGUACCAGGUAUAUUGUUUUCACAAUGUUCCCUCUCUGAUUUUACAGGAUCCUGCACAACUUGAUGAGAGAGUUGAAGCUUUUUUUGAGAUGUUUGGAAGAAAGCUUGUGGACAUGUCUGACUAUGAAUAUCAGGUUAGUAAUAUGCUUGCAUGCAAAGUGGAAACAAUGUUUUAUGGACACUGGAGGUCGCAAUUGAGUUGAAAAUUUCUCGUACAUUAAUGGUAGAUUUGGAGCGCACCAUUGCUUCUUUAAAAUUCUGUGGCUUACCGUUCCCUAGUUGUCCAGCAAUGGAUGAUGGAAUCGGUAUUUUGGACAAGAAUUCUGCAGCUUUAAAAUUCUGCGGCUUAAAUUUUUGAUCUGAUUUCUUCUGCACAUUUUUUCCGAUCACAAACAUACCUGUACUGCUCGGAAAAAAAAGGGAAAUAUCUGCAUUACCUUUCAGUGUUGGCUCAUCUUUUGAUGCUUACGCUUUGGCCCUUCAUUUUUUAGUGUUUUCAUCAGAGAUGGAUGAAUAUGAUAAGCUAGAUGCUAGAUCGUCCUGUUUGAUCCUGAAAUCAAGAUUGUUCUUUCUAUUGCUUAUCCCUUUCUAGAGCAAUGUCAGUGUAUUAAUCGAUAUGAAGCUCGAGAAGUACAAGAAUUUGUGGGAGGAAUCCUCGUUUUACAAGCGGGAGAUUGAUGAUGGCACCCUAAUGUUUGACCGGGUUGAAUCCGAGGUACAUGCUUUGUGUGCUAUUUACGUUUCUUCACAGUUUGACCUAGACUUCACGUUUUGGUCUUAUUUUAUAGUUCUGGGUUGAAAAUUGAAGAUUCUCACUACCAUGAUAUGAACAGGUUGCAGCUCUUAGGGACCUUACCCAUCAGGAGUUGAUAGAUUUCUUCAAUGAGUAUCUCAAGGUUGGCUCGCCAAAAAGAAAGACGCUCAGCGUGCAAGUGUACGGUGGCUUACACAUGAACGAAUACGAAAUUGCCAAGUCCCAGCCCACUCAGCCCCCAAAGGUUCGCAUUGAUGACAUCUUUGCCUUUAGAAGGUCUAGGCCUCUGUACGGUUCCUUCAAAGGAGGUUUUGGGCGUAUGAAGCUCUGA